AUGGCAAAAAAUACAUUUAAAUGGCAGACAUUCCCAGAACUGAUCAGUGUCUCUGGUCAAGCAAAGGUUCACGAACCGAUUUCAAACUCAGUUAGUACAACUCAACAUGAUGUUUGGGGCUACGUCGAGUACCCUGACGGGACGCUGUACGAGGGUUGGUGUCUGCGGGGCAACCCCAAUGGCCAUGGGAUAUUCUACUACGCCUCGGGUGAUAUAUUUGUGGGUCAAAUCAGUAAAGGGAACGUUAACGGCGAUGGGACCGUUUUCUUCCAAUCCGGUGACUUUUUUUUUGGUGAGUUCCGCGAUGGCAGAAUCUACAAGGGUCUAUAUGGUCGGAAUAACUGCGAGGUGUCGGGGGUGUGGGAGGUCGAUCGCUGCAUCGAGGCGCAAUUCGUUGCGCUGCCAGAGGGGCUCCAGCAGAAACAUGGGUCACUCUUCUCGGUUAUGUUAUGCCAUGUCCAUCAGCAUUUUUCCAACUACCGAAUCUACGUCUCGCAGCUCAGAGGAACCAUCAAGCCGGAUCUAAACUUAAGGCCACCGCAGAAAAUUCUGCCCAUUCCACACGCUUCGGAUUCCCGUUUUGGAUGGUCCAGCGCCUCGCCGGUCCUGAGCACUUCGUUAUCCCACGUCAAUGCCCACCACGAGUGCAGCAAAAAUACGUUGGAUAGCGGGGCAUUGAGGAAUAUGGUUCUAAAUACCCCGGGCGGACUCUUCGCUAAGGGCCUGGUCAUUCGGAAGGCGGGGGAACACGACACGAUGAGUAAAUGUGAGGAUAGCCGCGAUACGAGAAUCUUGUGCGCGAUGCAGUCGUUGCCCUAUAAUGUAAUUUUUUCUUGCUCGGCCCCGGCCUGCAAUGAGUACUUCUCCUCUCGACGCUACCAGCUGCGCUGCUUUGUCUUUUUGUUUCCUUUUCUUUCCUUUCCCUGGUCUCCGGUUGCCCCGCUACGGGUAUCGACCGUUGAUCAGGAGCGCGAGUUUGUCGUGAGUGGGGCGACGCUUCGGCAGGAUUUCGAUUCCAUGAAUCUGGCCAUCAACAGCAUCGCGGUGGCGGUGUGCUGCCAGAUUCUGUCUAUUCUCAUUGUGAUCUUCAAGACGAACAUCGGUCAUGUGAGUAUGGGUUGUAUUACAAUAGUUGAGAUGAUCGUUCCGUGUGUGCUUUGGCUGGUGUUGGCGAUGUUCUGCGCGGGGUACAACAGCUAUUUUCGAUAUCCUCACUUUCUCGAGCGAAUGGACCGCCAACUCACGCCCAAACUCUCGGCUUUCGCGGCGAGCAUGGUGGAUGCGCGGGCGAAUGUGUGCAUCAGCACAUGGGACGAAGAGGGUCGCGGGAAGGUCAUGAACCGCCACUACCUCUACCGCUGGGUGUUUUUUUCCCUGCUCUCUGGGAUAAUCUUCAGCUUGGCAGCACCGAUCACGCGUGUGGUGUACGGCCAUUCCCUCUUCAAAUCUGGCUUUGCAAUGUGCGCAUUGCUCCUUUCCUCCUUCGCGACCUUUUUGUUCACCACCACACUUAUGUAUUACGUGUUCAAGAUCACCGAUAUACAGCGGGAGAUUGCGGCGAAGCUUCGUGUGCUUUCGGAUUUAGCGUACAUCGAAAAGCGGGGCAUCAUCCGACCGAGUAUUUACAUACGGCAGACUUUCGACAUGGGCGCGCCUCUGGACACCAGCGACCUUCUGAAUGGGUUCACGGGUUGGUAUACGACGCGUUCCCUUAUUCUUUAUUGCUCUAGUUAUUCGAACCACCUCUCGCGAUCGGCCGCCAUGAGUAUCUUCGCGACGGUGAUAUUCAUCCUUGGGGUAAUGGGAAUUAUAAACGCCUUCAGCGUUUAUUUUCUAUACCCGCGGAACCACCCCAACCACAAUAUCAUUGCCCACUCCUACGGCCUUUUGGUGUUUGUGAUUUGGGGGAUUCAACUGAUUCGCUACAUCAACGCGUCCGCGUGCACGCAGCGCGAGCUCAGCCACCACCAGUAUAUCAUGAAUUUGACCAGCAUGUACCACCGCACGAAGCACCGCGACGUCGAGGCGAGCGCGAUAAUCAAACAUUGCGGCGAGAUGGCGACGUCGCACGACUUUGAGCCGCAGUGGUAUAACUUCCCUAUGUAUCCCAUCACGAUGUUUUUGUUAGUUUUGCUAAACAUUACGGCGUUCUCCGCGAGCGUUUUUCUACUGAGUCGCGAAAUUUUUAAAUAG